AUGUGGGACGGAGACCGCUCACCCCAAGCAAUCAUCUCUCGGUGGAAGAAAGUCUGUCCUAUGCUGUCCAGCUUCAAUGCAACCGUCGUCCAAGCGUUGAACUCUAUCCCAUCUGGGUGGAACGAGCAUGGUGUCAUCAGCAACGAGCUAUAUGCCAUUGCUGAUGCCAAAUCGCACGGUGUUGAACGCACCACAACUCUUGCCUGCUGGCGAAUCGUGCGAGACGCGCCGAAGUGGCGCGUGGAAGUUGAAACGGUACAAGGCAAGUGCAAGGCGGUCGAACUUCUGCGCCCGGGGGGAACAAAACAUGCAAAAGCAGUCAAGCAAGCGCCGAUAGCGCUUGACGCUUUGCAUGCUCGGUUCGUGAAGGCAUCGGAGGAAAAGGCUAGUAACAUGGCCAAGCGACAUCAACUGGCGGAGUUGAAGUUUAUGUUCCAAGUAUUUGCUCAAGAUCCUGAGUCCGAAGACGCUAUACUAUUCAACACGCAGUUGAUAGCUAAUUUGCUCCUUCGCGCCUGUAACGACAUUACUCCAGUGGUGUCAUAG